AUGCUCGCGCUCUUGUCCAGGGCGCUCUCCUACUUCUGGAGACGGGCAGGCGACGAGGAAGGAGCAGAUGAGCGAUGGGCGGCCUCAGGUGAUAAAGAAUUAAAAACUGUACAAGGAGUAGUGACAAGAUUUUGCCAUGAUUAUGGGAUGAUAGAUGACAUGAUUAUCUUCACAAAGGAUGCUGUUACAAAAAAUAUGCUGCUGACUGUUGGACAAGAAGUUACCGCCACUGUUGAAGAGGAUAAAACAUCGGGUGGCUUGAAGGCCAUCAGGGUAGACGCUGUCCAGAAUACAUGGGGAGACUCCAGUCCUACUUGCGAUGCUUCUGAACUAAAUAUGAAAAUAUUAAUUGGCAAUAUUACCUCUGUCUCUAAGGAUGGUGGCUAUAUUAAUCAGAAUACUUUUUUUGCAAUGGAAGAUGUCUGUGAAGGCUUCAAACCUUGUGAAGGUGACUGGGUGGAAGCAAAAUAUUUUAUUAACCCGUCAACAUGGAACAGUGAAGCAGUUGCUGUAAAGCCUUUGAGAUAUAAGCGAGUAGACAAGGUUCGCAUUUCCAGCAUCUGUGGAAGAAGUGGUACAGUAGAUGAGAGUAUAUUUUUCACUUUGGAUUCAUUGAGACUUCCUGAUGGCUAUUCACCUUGUAGACAUGAUCUAGUGAACACGAUUGUGGUGGAGAGCAAUCAGUCAUGUUAUAUUUGGAGAGCUCUCUGCUUGGUGCCAGUCAGCCAGGAUGGACAGUCUCACUCUAAUGGAGUCAAUCUGGAUGAGCCUUCUGAAAACUUAAUGAGAGACAAAGGAGGGUUGGAAGUAUCAAGAAUGACUAAUUUUGGAACUCUGAAGCAGGGGGAAUCUAAAAGAAUGGUCAUUUGGAUAGAGAAUAAAGGGAGUGUACCACAAUCCUUAAUCAGCUGCAGAUUAGCUGGAUGGGUGAAAGACAAGCAAUUCAGUUUUCAGAUUCCUCAGAAAUGUGAGAACAGUCCAGAAGCGUAUCUGUCAUCUUUUCCAUUAAAUCAAGAAAACCUCUCGAAAGCUGCAAUUAAUUCAUAUAAUGACAGUGGAGGAACAACAUACGAGUCAUUGAAUAAUACAUCCAUUAUGAAGAAUGGAGUCAUUCCAGAAGGAAUUAAUUCUCAGGAUACAAAUUUAUCAAGGACAGAAGAAAACUUUUCCUUGGGGAAAGAUGGAAAUCUACAUAAUGGAGAAAAUGAGCAAGGAGAAGAUGUGGAACAACCAAUACGGCAUGUCAAUAUUACUGGAGAAAUUGUCAUACCACCAGGUGGAAAAACAUCUGUAGUGAUCAUAUGCACAUCUGUAAAUCCUGGAUACAGUAAAGAACUCCUGUUGCUUGGCUUUUCUGAUUUUACUAUUGGAUGCUAUAUUGAAGUCACUGUAACAAACGAAGAAGAACUACUAAUAGCACCUGUGGAACCAUUUUCUCCACGAAGGCCUAAAAGUGUUCCAGAAUCUCAGCCAAGGAAGAUAACAGUGGUUGCACCUAAAUACAGAAGAAAUCACAGAAAGCACUUGCCAAGCUUUCUCCCACAUUAUACCGUACCAGAUGAGUUAAGAAAAUGUGUGGAGCAGAAGUUAGACAUACUGACCUUUCAGCCUCUCCUAGCAGAGCCUCUUAAUCUAGAUAAUUAUAAAGCAAACUUUUCUACUCUCUUGUGGCUUGAAGAGAUCCAUGCAGAAAUGGAGAUAAAAGACUUUAACAUGAGUGGAGUUACUUUGAAAAGGAAUGGGAACUUGUUAGUGUUGGAAGUGCCAGGAGUGGAAGAGAGCAGACCUCACCUGAUUACAGGUGAUAAGGUGAUACUGAAAAGUCGGGUCUACUCUGAGCAUGUAAUAGAGUACAUUGCCUAUAUUACUGAGAUAUGUAAUGAAGAUGUUACUCUUAAAUUUAACGCAGACUUUGAACAGGCUUACAACUUGGAACCCAUGGAUGUGGAAUUUGUUCAUUGCAGGAUUACUAGCAGGCGGUGCCAGUUGGCAGUUGAGCAAGCUAUCAGCCUGGGUGACAAAGUGUUAUUUCCGGAAAGGCUUGUCUUAAAAUCACCACAAGCUAUCAAGACCCAGAAUACUGCUGAGUAUUGUGUUGUUGAUGGUGGCUUUGAACAAUGUUCCCAGCAGGAAAGUAAGGUCAAAAAACUGCAGAACAAACAGGCAAAAUUUGGUGAAACUGUGACACUUAAACAGAGAGCUGGUGAAUUUUUCAAUCCUAUGCUGAAUGAGCAACAGAAACUGGCGGUGAAAAGGAUACUGAGUGGCGAAUGUCGUCCAACACCUUAUGUUCUCUUUGGACCACCAGGAACUGGAAAAACAUUAACAGUAAUUGAAGCUAUUUUACAGAUACAUUAUACUCUACCAGAUAGUCGAAUUUUGGUUUGUGCACCAUCAAAUGCUGCAACAGAUCUGAUUUGCUUGCGGCUGCAUCAAAGCAAUCUGUUAAAACCGGGAGCUAUGGUCCGAGUUAAUGCUAGCUUCAGAUCAGAAGAGCAAAUUGAUGACAUGGUGAAACCGUACUGCAAAGAUGGUGAUGAUAUUUGGAAAGCAUCGUGGUUCAGGAUAAUAAUUACCACAUGCAGCAGUGCAGGAUUGUUUUAUCAAACAGAAAUACGGCUUGGACACUUCACUCAUGUGAUUCUGGACGAGGCAGGGCAAGCAAGUGAACCAGAGAGCCUGAUUCCUAUUGGGUUGAUUUCAGAAACUAAUGGACAGAUAGUUCUUGUUGGAGAUCCAAACCAGUUAGGGCCAGUAAUAAAAUCUAAAAUUGCACUGACUUUUGGAUUAAAUAUAUCCUUGCUGGAAAGACUGACAUCAAGAGAGAUAUAUCUGAGAGAUGAGGAUGCUUUUAGUGCCUGUGGAGCAUAUAAUCCUUUGUUGAUCACAAAACUCGUAAAGAACUACAGGUCACAUUCUGCAUUGCUUGCCUUGCCAUCUAAAUUGUUUUAUCACAAGGAGCUAGAAGUUUGUGCAGACGCCUCAGUAGUAGCUUCUUUGUUGCAUUGGGGAAAAUUGCCCAAGAAGGGAUUUCCAUUAAUUUUUCAUGGAAUAAGGGGCAGUGAAACACGUGAGGGUCACAGUCCUUCCUGGUUUAAUCCAACUGAAGCAGUUCAAGUAAUGCAGUACUGUUGCCACCUUGCUAAAAAUGAAAGCGCUGUAGUAUCAGUGACUGAUAUUGGAGUGAUUACACCAUAUCGUAAACAGGUGGAAAAAAUUAGAUUUCUUCUGAGAAGUAUUGAUCUGGCAGACAUUAAAGUUGGCACAGUAGAAGAGUUUCAAGGGCAGGAGUACAUGGCUAUCAUCUUAUCAACAGUGCGAUCUCAUGAAGGCUUAUUUGGUGAUGAUAAAUACUGUUUGGGCUUUCUUGCUAACCCAAAGAGAUUUAAUGUAGCAAUUACUAGAGCAAAAGCUUUGCUGAUCGUCGUGGGAAAUCCUCACGUUCUUGUGAAAGAUCCCUGUUUUUGUGCACUGUUAGAAUACAGUUUAAUGAAUGGAGUUUACGUAGGUUGUGACCUGCCUUCGGAGCUGGAAAGCCUGCAGAAGUGA